AUGGUUGCGGCCCGCUGCCGGUGGAACCGCGCUCGCUGGGCCGCCGGGCCGGGCCCCGCCGAGCCAACCGGAGCGGAGCCUGGGAGGCGGGCGGCGUGUCCCACCUCAGGACGCACCUGCCACCCCACGCCCCCCUCCCCCGGCGUGCGGCGCGGGUCCCGCCGGCGCGGCGGAGCGGAGCGGAGCGGAGGUGAGCGGCGGACUCGGGCGGGCGGCUGGACCGGCGGAGAAAAUCUGCGGGGAUCGCCCCCCCCCCCGCAGCCAACCGCCCCCGUGGGCUACGGCCUCUGCCGCGGGGCUGGAGCGCCGCCUCCUGCCCGGUGCCGUCCGAUACCUCGGCGGCAUCGGUUGGAUCCGCGACCCGAGCGGCGGCGGAGUACCGGGAGAGGGCCGGGCCGCAGCCCAGUCCCGGUACCCACGCGAGUCGUGAGCGCCGCCAGCUUCUCCGCUGCCAGCGCUGCCCCGGGUUUGUGCCCACCCCCGCGGACCCGUUUGUCGGGAGGCGAGAAGCUGCUUUUAGGAUCGGUGUCAGUGUCUGGUUUCCGUGGCGCCGCAAAGCCCAAGCUGGGGAUGUCAUGCCAGGGGAGAGGCUCAGCAGAGCUGCCGAGCCCGCAGACCGUAGCCGUGAGGGACGCGGCACCGCUGUCACAAGACCUUCCUUCCCAGCAGACUGCAUGGAGUGCUGCUGCUGUGGGAGUGUGGCAGCAAAUCUAAAUUUCUUCUAGGAAAGUUAAAGUGGGGGAUUCCCCACUGGGUACCCAGAUAUUGUGUAGGACCCUAGCACUAACUUGAAAUUUAGUUUCAAGGCAAGUCUGUGCUUUCUUGAGCACCUUGUGAUAGUUGCAGGAUAGCUGGAAGUCAAGCGCUCUGCGAGGAGAAGUAAAAUUUGGUCAGUAUCGUUCAAAGCACUAAGCGCUUGCCGGCCUUGCCAGUGUGCAUCCCUGAGAGAAGAAGGGAGCCGGGUUCCUGAUUGCUUUUAACAGCAUCAUACGAGAGAUGAACUCUGGCAUUAGAGGGUAACCACAGUCCUUGCUGGAGUGCGUUUCCUGGCAAGUGGGCAUGAGCUGGCAGUGGUAGGGUAGGCAGGGACAAAGCCAGAACCACCUGGUGUAGGGCUCUCCC